AUGUUCGUACUGCUUACACUUGAGGGAGACCCGGAUGCACUAGACAUCCCGGCUCCGUGCUAUUACGCAGAGGCGAUAGAGGGUCCCUACUCCUCUCAUUGGCAGGCAGCUAUAGACACACAUAUGGCUUCCUGGAAGUCCACAGGCACCUACGUUGACGAGGUCCCCCCGCCUGGGGCGAACAUCGUCAGUGGCAUUCAGCGGCAGGGAGUUGACUACUUUCAGACGUUCUCUCCCACCCCGAAGAUGACCACUCUUUGGGUGCUGCUGCACAUAGCUGCUCACCGCAACUACGAGCUGCACUCUCUUGACUUCACCACUGCUUUCUUGCAGGGCAGCCUGCACGAGGAGAUCUGGCUGCGUCGCCCACCUGGCUUCACUAGAUCUUUUCCUCCUGGCACCCAGUGGAGCCUCCGCCGGCCAGUCUAUGGUCUCCGCCAGGCAACGCGUGAGUGGGACGACACACUGAGGACUACACUUACGGCUCUUGGGUUUGCUCCCUCUACUGCAGACCCGUCACUGUUUCUGCGCACCGACACUUCUCUGCCGCCGUUCUACAUCCUCGUAUACGUCGACGACUUGGUCUUUGCCAGUGCUAACACUGCUGGACUCGCCCACGUGAAGUCCGAGCUGUAG